AUGCUUGUGUACGGUGGUCGAAAUGUUACGAUUUAGGACGACCUUCCGAGCUGUGACACGAAACGCGACGAUGUUUUGUGUGCUGAAGAGAUGAAGUGUUUUCCCGGCAGCAAUCGUAGCCAAGAACGACCUCCUUCCACUUUCUCCUGCACGGCUUGUGUCGGUGAGGGUAGGAGACGACGACGACAAACACGCCGGAUGUCCAGUGUGCUGGCGCUGGUUCCGGACGGUGGACGACGACGAUUGCAUUUCACUGGACGAAUUUGGUCGCCCGGGCGGCCGGGGCAAGGUUUCGCUUCGACCGCAGCAGUAGCAGCAGCAGCAUGAUGAUGGCCAAUAAUAAUUUCAGUGAAGUGAAGGCAGCAGCAGGAGUAGCGGCUGCCGGAGCAGCACCACCACCACCGGGAGAUGGCAGCGCUGGUGACGACAGUGGGGGUGGUGAUAGUGCGGGUGGCGGUGGCGGGGGCGAAGGGGAUAGCAGUGAGGUGAAUAUCCGGCGCGGGCUGGACGUGAUACAGAGCAUGAUCGAUAUAUCGGCCGAUCGGCUCGAGGGCUUGCGGACGCAGUGUGCGACGAGCGCCGAGCUGACGCAGCAGGAAAUCCGCACGCUCGAAACGAAGCUGGUGAAGCUGUUUUCCGAUCUGUUGAUUACGAAAUCGAAGCUUCCGGAGCGGCUGCCCGCCCGCGGUCUACCCGCAACCGGAAACGAACUCAAGCAAUGGCUCAGAGUUGUUGGUCUGAGCUGUGCAUCACUUAAUGCUGUGAUACAACAGGUCACCACGCUGGAAGGGCUGCUCGAAAAGGACGAGCGAGAGCUGCGGACAAUCAUGGGCAACAACGUGUACGUCCGGGAGGAAGAAAUUAAGCGGCUGACUCGCGCUUGCAGCAAUCUUCGACGCUGCCGCGAACAUCUCGAACUACCCGUCUCGGACGGUGGUGGCCGCAAGGGUACGGAACCGCACGAUCUCUUCUGGGACUCUUGGGACCGUCAGCCGGCUUGCCAUCGUACGUCACCUCGCGUCAACCGGUCGUUGGGUGGUAAAGCGACCGCCAAGCAUGCUGCCGCCACCGGAGGCUACCAUAAUCAGCGCCAUCAUAACAAUGGGCCAACGGAAUCGACACCCGCCACCACCACCGCCAACACAAGCCCCCAAACGGAAGAUGGCAGCAUGAUGCAGCACGAAGGAGGGCUGCUGAAUCCGCAGCACGCGAUCUCACCAGAUGAAGCUUCCACCAGCGGAUGCACUCCUUCGCCAUCGCCACCAAACUCGCCCUCUAGCGUGCUCCUGCACAACAAGCAGAAUCGGCGAGGCUUUCCCACAACGCCACCGCCGAGGAAAAAACACCAGACGGCGCUUCUGUCGUACGCGUCCUCUUCUUCAUGCUCACCGGUGACGGCAGCAUCGUCGACCGUUUCGACUGUGGCCAGCGGUACAAACAACACCACCAGCACGACCAGUUCCGGUUCAUGUUCGGCCGCUGAAGCCGCCAGCACGGCACUAACCAAAUCCAAGUCCCAUGAAUCGCAAUUUGGGAGUCAGCAGGCCGGUGGUGGUGGUGGUAGUGGCACUGGUGGUAUUACCAGCGGAACCAACAACAACAACAGCCAUGCCAAUAACAACAACAACAACAACAGCAUAAACCACAUUAACAACAACAUUCCAUCGACGGUGGUGGUGUCGCUUAGUGAGGGUGUUUCUCUCACCAAUACAACCAGCGCGACCAGCAACGGAGGUUCCGGAGGUUCCGGAGGUACAUUCGUGUCUCAGCAGCAACAACGGUUGAUGGGCAAUGGCAGUGCGAACCGCAUGGGGACAUUUCCGCGCAGCCGACUCCACACCGAACCCACCAUCACGGGUAGUGGCGGUGGAGGGGUUGUUGGUGGUGGUGGUGGAGGAAGUGUCCUCAGCACCAGCGGUGACCAUCACCAGCAUCAUCAUCAUCAGCCAUCGCAGCAACACUACCAUCAUCAUUAUCAUCAUCACCUGCAGCAGCAACAACAAGGAGUCGCCGGAUGCACUGGAAUGUCCCCGGAAGCGGGUGGCGAAUACGGUGGCACGGGCGAUCCAGGUGUUCCGCCCCAUCCGACGGGUGGUGUUGGUAUCAUCUCCUCCUCUUCCGCCGUACCUCCAAAGUCACCCUGCACUCCAAUCAUCACGCGCGGCAUGGGCCACAUGAUACAGCACCGGUUUACGAAGAAAUUUAAGGUCACCAAGAGCACGUGCGAUCUGUGCCUGAAGCAGAUGUUCUUCGGCUUCAAGUGUACCGAGUGCAAGUACCGGUGCCACAAGGAUUGUAAAUCGAACGUACCGCCAUCGUGCGGACUGCCGCAGGAGUUUGUGGAUGAGUUUAAGAAAUCGCUCCAAUCGGACACGCUUCUGCCGACAAGCGUUUCACCCAAUAUUGGUCGGAGCGGCGGUGGGUCGGGAGGCGUUGGUGCCAUGUACGGUGGAGGACGGAGUGAUGGUGGAAAGGCGGGAAUGGUACGAGGACCGAUGCACGCGAUACACGCGUGUGGUGGCGGUCCGGACAGUAGUUCGGCCGGGUCGAGUUGCAACAGUUCAUCACCCUCGAGUCCGGCCUUGCUCUCGUUACCACCACAAACACCCGCCACAUCCAAGUAUUCGCAGUUCAAUUUUCCCGAGGUUCCGAGCGGCGGCGGAGGCGUCCACGGUGGUGGCACUGGUGGAAGUUCCGGUUCGACGACGACCAUGAUGAUGAUGGCAAUGAGCGGUGGAAGCGAUCGAAGCGGCGGAGGAAUUACGAUCGAAACACAUCCAAUUGGAGGCGGUGGUACGGGCGGACUGGGUGGAAGUUUGGGCAGCAGCGGAGUCUACACGAUGGACACAAGCGUCGAAAUACCGAAGCUACAGUUUUCGGACAUUCCCGAUCACAAUGUGCCCGGUGGUGGUGAAGAUAAAACCGGUUCCGCAAGCGCGACGAGCACCGAUUCUUCUUCCGAUCGUACCCCGAUCCGGCUCGAUUCGACCGAAGAGCGUGAUCACGAAAGUAGCUGGCCGCGGCAAAAUUCGCUUUCGCUCAAAGAGUGGGACAUUCCGUACGAUGAUCUACACCUGAAGGAGAAGAUUGGCAAUGGCCGAUUCGGUACCGUGCAUCGAGCGCUGUGGCACGGUGAUGUUGCCGUAAAGCUGCUAAAGGAAGACUACGUAGCCGACGAACGCACGCUGGAAGCGUUCAAGCUCGAGGUAGCCACGUUCAAGAAAACACGGCACGAAAAUGUCGUCCUGUUCAUGGGCGCCUGUAUGAAACCUCCACGGCUCGCCAUCGUCACGUCACUCUGCAAGGGCAACACGCUCUUCACACACAUCCAUCUGCGGAAGGACAAGUUCAACCUGAACCGCACCACCCUGGUGGCGCAACAGAUCUCGCAGGGUAUGGGCUAUCUGCACGCACGUGGUAUCGUCCACAAGGACCUCAAAACGAAGAACAUCUUCCUCGAGAACGGCAAAGUGAUCAUUACCGACUUUGGACUGUUUAGCGCCACUAAGCUGCUCUACUGCGAGCUCGGUCUCGGCAUCCCGGGCGGUUGGCUGUGCUAUUUGGCACCGGAGCUGAUGCGCAACCUAACACCCUACCGACCCGUCGAGGGUGACCUUCCCUUCUCGAAAGCUUCGGACAUUUACGCGUUCGGCACGGUAUGGUACGAGCUGCUGUGCGGUGAGUUCCCGUUCAAAUCGCAACCGGCUGAAUCAAUCAUCUGGCAGGUGGGGCGUGGGAUGAAGCAAACGCUAGCCAAUCUGCAGGCAUCGCGCGACGUCAAGGAUAUACUGAUCCAGUGCUGGAGCUACCAUUCGGACGAUAGGCCCGACUUUGCCAAACUGCUGACGCAGCUCGAGCGACUGCCGAAGAAACGGCUUGCCCGGUCACCUUCCCAUCCGGUGCAACUGUCCCGAUCGGCAGAAUCGGUGUUCUAGAGAGAGC